UUGAAUGGUGCUAGCGUCGCUCCGCUGGUGAAUGUGCAUUAAAAUUAAAUUCAUCUUUUGUAUAAUCUGCUGUAAACUCCAAUUUCAAUCGGUUUAAGACGCUGCUAUAAAGAAUAGAGAAAGCGGAGUGACGUUUACAAAAUGCCAUGUCUCUCUGAUUAUGGCCACUGGAAAUCAUGUUGAAAAUGAUGCAGACUUCCACAGGAUCCAGAAGGCCCAGACCUUUGAUAUUUUCAACCACAAGAGCUUUCCUGCAGAUGAAAAGAACAUGAAGGAGGUGGAAUAUUUAAAUAAGGAAGAAAUAGAUAAAGAAAGAUUUCCAGUGGGACGUUGUGUGCACAGCUACGGCAAAGUAAAACGAGUGGUGAACAAAAAGACGAGGCAUUCGGCGGUGGCCUCAGGGGUUCGGCGGAGAGCGCCUUCAGCGGGCAGGCCCUCUGACAUGGCCAACAAGGAAAAUGUGCUGACGUGCGGCGAGGACGUGCAGGGCGUUCACUAUAAGGAAAAGUGUGCGUUCCCUGUAAACACAACAGACGCCUCGAAAAUGGCAGGAGCUGGCUCCAAGUACAGUGACUACUUUACAGAGUUAUCCAAGGACCAUGACACGAUGACCCAUGUUCUCUUUGGAAGAAAUCUCAGGUUAAAUGUUGCUUUGACUCUUUGGCGAAGAAAUGCUAGUGAACUAGUGGCUUACCUGAUCAGGAUACAAGACACGGGUGUUCUUGUUGACUGUCUACCUGUUCUUACUAAAAGCCUUCAAGAAGAAGAGUCAUGUUUGUCCAUCGGUUGCUGUGUCGACCUUUUCCCUCACGUACACAAGAUUCUUGAAAGCAGAUAUGAAGAGCACCUCACUGUGGCUUUGCACUGGGUUCAGUCGGUCAUUAAAAAAUGGUGGUCUGAGCUCUCCUCGAAAGACAAAAGUCCGCAGGACGGCUGUUCAAAUGACAACAAUGUUCAGAUCUUAAGGAAAAUGUUGCUUGAACUGUGGGAUGACAAGUGUCCGUUAUCUUCAGUCCCUGGAACUGUGGGGGAAAUAACCAAGACUAUAGAAUCAUACCGGUCACAGUUACUCUGAUGCAAUAAUGUAGCACUGAAAGAACAACCACUACUUGCACUUGCUGUGGAUUUUCAAGCUUCUUGAGUGGCUGCAGCAAGAUGAACUGAAUCUUUUAACUCCAGAAGAGAACAUUAGGGUGAACGGGGAGAUAGAUGAACUGACCAAUUCAGACAUCCCCCAACACCCAAACUGGAAAUACAUCUCAAAAGGAUGAAAGCUUUCCUGCAAACCUCGGAUGACUGCUUCACAUUGAAGUGGACCUUGUUUUCUAUUAGUGGUACACAAUCAACUCCAUGAGACUUUAUGGAAUCAGGUGACUCUCAGAAGUACCACGCUGUAGUUUUAACUCUCUUACUCGCGGAACCAUGAUGUCCAUCUGCUGAAGUGGAUGUGAUUUAGAACUGAAACUGGGCCUCGAACACUAUCUUCUAUUGAGGAGCUCAGAAUCCUUCAGUCUUAAGUUAUUGAAGCUUUUUUUGUCUCUUGCCUGUUCGUAGAUGGAAUGAUUGUGUAUACAUGAUUCUCUUUUAAUCAACUUAUAAAUAAAUUUACAAAAACUGCCAAA